AUGCAUACCAGCCCAUCCAUCCAAUCCUGUCCUAUCCUAUCCAGUGCACCUCCCAGACAAUCCCCGUACAUCCAUCCGUACCCGGCCACUGCCGACACCUGUGGAGAAGCGCUGGGAUCCUUCUCACAGCGCAAACACCUCUUGCUUGCUAUGCUCUUACCACGUACCCACUCGAAACCCGCCCACUCGAAACCCCCGCACAGGAGAGCGCAAAGGGUGCUGCGCGGUCUGGACACGUUCAUCCAAGCAGGCAGUCAGGCAGGCAGGCAGGCAGUCACUCAGUCGGUCAGUCGGUUAGUCAGUCGGUUAGUCAGUCGGUCGGUCAGUUAG